UGUCUGCCUGCGAUGUCGCAAUGUGAUUCAUCGCUAUCAAUAUCCAAACAGCUCCCGCUGUCCGCUCAUAUUAUUCCAGCUCUGUAAUGGUUGUUUUAUCUUCAUUCUCUCCGCGCUUGUUCAAACUCUUAUAGCACCACGGUCCCUCUAACUUACCGCCGCUGGUAAACUACCUGAUUUACGGUCCCUCGAUCAGGAACACCUGUGGUCAGCCGUGCCCACCGUUUGGUUUCCACCUUUGCGGUUCUAUAUCCUUGUCAUCACAUUGCAUGUUCACAAUGGGGCAGUUUUACGAAACAAUUCCCGAGUCGCUUGUCAAAUGGAUACGCGCCCAAAAAGUGUUUUGGGUGGCCACCGCCCCUCUGUCGCCGGAAGGACAUGUCAACGUAUCUCCUAAAGGCGGCCCCUAUUUCGGCAUCCUCGACACCAAGACUUUCUGGUACCUGGAUCUCAGUGGUUCCGGCAAUGAGACCAUAUCACAUCUGUACGAAAAGAAUAACGGACGGAUAACCGUCAUGUUCAACGCAUUUGAAGGGCCACCACGCAUCGUCCGCCUGUUCGGCCACGGCACAGUGCUCGAAAAUGGAACAGACUCCUUCAAUACUUUUGUCAAAAAGCACGAGGUCAGGCUCCUUCCCGGAGCAAGAAGCAUAAUUCUUGUCCAUGUGCACCAGGUUGGGAGCAGUUGUGGCUUCUCUGUCCCUUAUUUCGAAUUCAAAGAUUGGCGAACAACCUUGAACGAAUUCUUUGCGAGGAAGGCCGACAGGUUUGACAAGGGAGAUUCCAAGGAGAGCAUGGAGAAGUACUGGGCGCUCAAGAAUUCGGAAAGUGUAGAUGGUUUGCCAGGCUUAGACAUUGCCAGAAAGACAGCCAAGGAAGACGGGAUCGUACCUCUCACCAAGAUGGUAGGUGCUGGCGCCACACAUGGAGGGCAGAGGACACGGAAACAGCUGUCGUUUGGAGUACUGCAUCUUGCCCUUGUGGCAGUCAUUGCCUCCUUCGCCACCGUAUUUUUGCAGCCCGUGUUUGGCGAGCUUUUGAAGAGUCUGGAGAGCACGUUUCAGCAUUGA